AUGAAUCAGAACUCUUCCGACAGCGCGCUGUUUCAAGCUUUGGCACACAGAAAAGGCUUGUAGAACACGUCGUUGUCCUAAUAAUAAGCUGAAUUUCAGCAUCAACUCAUGUAAGAAAAUGGAUUGUAUUAAGCUUCUCCUUCAGCUCAACAGAACGACAAUACACACCCUUGUUUUUUUAAGGAGACCCUUGUUUUUCCUGGAGUUCUGAGAGAGAGCGUCCAAAGUUAAAUAAAAAACCCGCAAAUCUCGAGACUUUCUUACACUUUUUCAAGAAUUUCUUAAGUGGCGAAAGUGGCGUGGCGUGGCGAAAAAGUGGCGAAAAAUUUCUUAAGUGGUGCAAUUUAACCGGAGUCUGAGAAUUUCUCGUUGCUGCUUGCGAGUUUCAAUCAUAAUGAACACAUUCCAAAAAAAUUAGAUAAGAUGAAUCAGUAUUCGUCCGACGGCACGCAUCUGAAGUUUUGCCGCACGGGAAAAGGCUUUGAGGGGGCGCCGCGGGCCGUCGAAAUAAGCAGCCGACGUUUUAAGGGACGGGGGCCGAACUUUCUCCCUCUCCUCACUGCACCCUCGCAAAGAACCACCGUGUGUGCGCACAUUUUCCGAUUUUUUAACGUCGCUCCGCAAAAUUUGCAUUUGAAGAAAUGAAUAUCUCUCGUUGAAAGUUCAAAUUUCAGAACACUUUCAGUUUAUGGUUCACAAAAAAUUUGUGAAUCCGACGUCAACGAGAGAAAACAACUGGAUCGACAGGACACCGCAUCCCGAAGCACGCAAUUAUCUCGACGAAAUGGCCCCGAUUAAUGGUUUCCACCCGGAAAAUUCGGUCAGAAUUUGCCAUCGAAUAAAUCUGAAUCUGAAAUCGGUGUUUCAGGAGUCAAUCCGUCUGCGAGAUGCGUUCCGUGACGAGGUAUCGAAGAGGAUGGGCGAACUUCUUCUGAAGGGACAGACGAUGCUCGACGAGUACUGUCCGACAUGCAGUGUGAGAAUGCAUUAAGGAAUAAUCAACAUAAUUUGGUUUGUUUCAGGGAAUUCUAAUGGAAGAUCGCACUGGAGUCCGUCGCUGCGUCACUUGUGAGCUGUACACUGAGAAACUGAACGAGACGCCCCACGUUGUCGCUGAGAUUCCAUUGCGUAAGUUGAUAGGAUUACCGUUGGCGGAUAACAAUAUUCAUAUUCUUUAGAAAGCGAAGAUCUGAAAGAAGCUGCUGAAAUUCCGGUUCCGACGCCGAAAGUGUCUGAGCAGAAAGCUGCGAAAAAAGUGCUUCCUUCGAAAGUAGCGACUCCUGUGACCAAGGCGAAGAAAGUUGUGGAAACUUCGGAAGAGAGAAGCCUUUCGGAUGCAGUGUCAGCUGCGAAACAAGCGGUUCUUCAGAAGCUGGAAUGGGCGACUGCCGAACUGAAUGCGACGGAAGAGUCUGCCCGCGUUCUCAACUUCCUCGCCGUCAUUCAAAAAUCCGCCGAAACGUUGUCUGCUCUCCAAAUCUGA